AUGGCUCUUCUCUGUCUGUCAACUAGUCGACAUAUUUCUUUUACUAUUGUUCGCCGGCAAAUUUUGUCAUGUGCACCGCGUCUCCUCUCUUCGAACCGAUGUAAUAAUGAUUUGAUUCAAGCUCAAAAACAACAACUCAAAGUUGAAUCGCCGUCGGCAACACCGAAACAAUCUCCUCGUCUUCGUCGAUAUCAUUAUUAUCUAUUUUCGAUAGCUACUGGAGCUUUAAUAGGAACUAUUUAUGCACUGCGUCAAGUACGAAAACAUGAAGGCAGUCUACCUGAAUAUGUUGCUAAUCCUGAAUUAUUCGAACGUAAAGCGAUGGAGUCUCGUCCUUUACCACCACCAGUGACCAAACAUGUCACAUUUGAUGCUCCUCCGCGAAUCAAUUUUCCAUUUAAUUUAACGUUAUAUCAAUACGUAACAUGUCCGUUCUGCUGUAAAGUGCGUGCGUACUUGAACUACAACCGUAUUCCAUAUGACAUUGUGGAAGUAAACAGUGUGAUGCAUACAGAAACGAAAUGGUCUCUAUAUGAUAGAGUACCCAUCGUUGUUGUGGAAAACGAACACAUUCAAUUGAAUGAUUCAAGUCAAAUUAUAUCAGUAAUUGAAUCGUAUCUACGUCAACCAACAAAAACAUUUAAACAAAUUAUCAAGUAUUACAAAACAAUCCUUGAAAAAGAUCAAAAAGGAAGAUUAUUUUUUACGUAUCCAAACAAGUAUGCCAUUGUUGAACCAUCCAUGAAAGAUCGUCUAGAAUCAACUAAAUCAGAAGUCAAACUGUCUAAUUCGAAUGAAUCAAGAUCAUUCUUUGGCUGGUUGUUUUCACGAUCAACUCCGACACCCACAGUUGAAAGUAAACCUGAAGUUAUUGUUUCGAAGAAAUCCAACGAAGAAAAUGAAUUCGAACGUCAAUGGCGUGAAUGGGUUGAUAACAAUUUUAUUCAUGCUUUAUCGCCUAAUAUUUAUUGUACAUUGAGACAAUCGUUAGAUACAUUUCGUUGGUUUUCCAAAGCAGGCGAUUGGGAAGAAAUCUUUCCAUGGUAUCAACGCUGGUUUAUCGUCUAUAUGGGCGCUAUCGUUAUGCGUGUAGUAGCCGUACGUUUGAAGAAAAAAUAUAACUUACAUGACGAUGUUAGACUUUCUCUAUAUGAAUGUGCGAAUGAAUGGGUAAAUGCCAUCGGCGAGAAGGACUUUCUCGGUGGAUCCGAACCGAAUGUCGCUGAUUUGAAUGCCUACGGUAUUCUGACAGCUAUUCAAGGAUGCGAAGCAUUUGAAGAUUUAAUGAAAAAUACGAAAAUUCAACCAUGGUUUGAACGUAUGAGGAAUUUAGUGGAACCUCAUCGUAUUGAUACACCUGCCCGUGCUACUUUUUAA